AUGCAGCAAGGUGCAUAAGAAGCCCGCGGUUUCCUUCGGCUUUUGCGGCUUUAGCGUUCUGUCUAGGUUUGAAAUGUGUUCAGCCUCUUUGCCCUCCCCCGUUCGAUACGCAGAGCGAAUCCGAUUUGAGAUCCGAACGCAGACCCGAACCAAGAAAGCAACUCAGAGGCCAGCGCCCCGAGGGGCGGAGCGAAGGGGGAACCCGCCCUCUGGCGGCAGGGGCCAAUCAGCGCGGGCGUUGAGCCGGCCAAUCAGAGCGGGCAGGGGAGGCCUGCCAAUGAGCGCGGGGCCGCUCGGGAGGCGGAGCUCGGAGCGCGGCCGGGAGGGCGACGCGGCUGCUGCAGCCAUGGGCUCUGGGCCUGCGGGGGAGCGGAGGGGGCGCGAGGACCGGCCGGACCUGGCGGGAGAGACGGCUGCAGGGACCCGCCCUAGACGCUGAGCCGCGGUGGGAUCCCCGCCAGGGAGGCACCUCAAGGGAGCCGGGCAGCCGCCGGCCACUUCAGGGGGUCCGCCUCGCCUCCGGGGCAGUCGAGAGGGCCUUGGGGGGCACAUCUGGGGGUGCGGUGACCCGCCCGGCGCGUUUCGGGGGUCGGGGCGCGUUUGGCAGGGGGCACCUGGAGCCCGACGCCGCCUCUGUCGAGCCCCGGGGCGCCCCUGGAUGGCUGCGCUGUGCCCUCGCCGGCCGCCCGGGCGCCGCAGCGGCUGAGCUCGCGGGGAUCGCCGGGCCGCCGCCGCCCUCGCCACCCGCUGCAUGCCCGGCGCCCGGGUCGCGGCCCACCUGGACGCACUGGGCCCCCUGGUCCCCUACGUGCCGCCGCCGCUGCUGCCCUCUAUGUUCUACGUGGGCCUGUUCUUCGUCAAUGUGCUGAUCCUGUACUACGCCUUUCUCAUGGAGUACAUCGUCCUCAACGUGGGCCUCGUCUUCCUGCCCGAGGACAUGGACCAGGCGCUCGUGGACCUCGGCGUGCUCUCAGACCCCGGCUCGGGCCUCUACGAUGCUGACUCGGAGCUCGACGUCUUUGAUGGGUACUUGGAAUAGGGUCUCGACUGCCAUUCCCCUCUUCCCUCCACGAUCCGCAAUCCACUCCCUGGACCACCGCCCAGAUCAUGCCGCCGCUGCUGGUUGGGGGCACCAUCUGGACAGGGAUGGGACCCCAGGAGGAGGCCCUCCCCUGCCUCCGAGACCUGCCUUCUCCCCUCAAAAGCUUCGUGCCAACAGAGAGGUUCCUUUUCAGACCCAGGAGGGUAGAAUGCAGAUUGGGACUGACUGCUGAGGUUGGGAAGGCCUCUGCUCCCACAGAAGGGGGAAGGCAAGGGGUGUCCCAAGACCUCAUCGGCCUGCAGCAUCACACCGACGGCCUGGCCUUGGCUUCUGAUUAUUUGCAACUGCGAUGGAUGUUUACAGGAACCCAGCCAGAGUUUGCCUCCCUGCACUUCACCCCGGAGCGCACCUGCUUCCCCCACUUCACCUUCAGAGAGGACACUUCAAACUGUGGACACACGCAGAAGCGACUCCCAGCUCCAUUUGAUGUGAGUUGAGCCUUCAGGCCAGCUGGGUUUAGCCCAAGGCUGGUCUUAGAUGCAGACUGUUUCAGGGAGUGACUCAGAAGAAAAAGAAGCCGAGGAAGCUGUCGGGGGGUGCUGAGGGUGGGAUUCUCGCUUCUUCAUUUCAGGUUACUCGUUCUUCAGCAAGUUGGCAAAACAAGUUCCUCAUGCUGGGGAGUGCCACGUGACUCCCCUGGCUGGAAAUGCUUUUCUGAAAGCAUGAGUGUUGUGCCUACUUAAUUCUGAUAAACCUGUUUGAGCAAUACUUAGGAGGCUGACUUCUUUGGAUUAAACAAAAAUGUAUGCAACUCCAA